GUCAUUUCACGGCUCUCGUCCGGCGAAGCACAGCAGUGCAGUUUCCUAGAUAUUUCCACAUAAUCUUCGCUUCCUUCCCCUCACGCACUCAGGCUGGCAACCAUCGAUCCAGGAAUGAUGGAGUUAUCACUGAUGGCAACACAGCAUUUCCCAGCUGUGAGUGGGGCCUUCAUGGAUUCUCCAUACAAUGGCGACACGUCCCUGCAGACGUCCUCCUCCAAUCUCAACGCCGGCUACUCUCGACCCUCAGAAGCAGAGGAUGAUGGAAAAGUGUCCAGCGACACCAUUUGGCUCUGGAUCGCCGUGCUGGCAACUAUUGGCAACAUAGUGGUGGUGGCUGUGGUUUGCGCCUGUGCCUUCUGACAGGACCGAUGAGCGGAGAGAAAACGCCGCAUGGAAAUAUUGUAUAUAUUCAGACAUCAUGUAAAAUAGUGUACGUGUUAUAGUGUGA